AACACGAAGACGAGAAAAAAUAAAGAACGAAAAAAAUCGAAAACAUUAUCAUUUCGGUGGCAGAAAUUUGAUACUUUUUGCAAUUUUUCCUCGACCUACGGCUCAGCGCUGUUUUAUAUUGCCACUGCUAAAUGUGUUAGCUAAUUCGCUACACGGAAAUCUACGUCGAGUGGUGACUGUGCAAGAUUGUGUGCUGCAUUUUGCGUACGUUCAUGUGAACGACACAAAGGGAGAGCGUUCAGCAAAAACAACACAACGGGGGCACUAGCAACUAACCCGCGAGCUAGCAUCCGCUAUGGCCAAUGUACGAAUGUCCCAGCCGGGCACACCGGCCACCACCCAGCCAAACUACAUGAAAGUAUUCAUCCAGCGGGAUUACAGCGAAGGCACGUCGGUAAAGUUCCAGAACCGUUUCCCCCCGGAGUUGGAGAGUAGGAUCGAUAGACACACUUUCGAGAGCACCAUGAACAAACUGAACGAAUAUUUCGCGGAGGCAGAGAAAGGCUCCUGCAGCACGUACUGCGAGGGCUGUCUGGCCUGUAUCACGGCGUACUUGAUCUACAUUUGCACGGAAACGCACUACGAAAAGUGUCUCCGGAAAGUGUCGAAAUAUAUUGCGAUGCAGAACGAGCGGGUAUACAAUCCAAAGGGACUACAGAUCACGGACCCAGUGUAUCGCGGGCUGCGCGUAAUAGAAAUUUCCAUACUGGACCGACCGGGGCGUACGUGACUGCCGCUGUCCCAUUCAACGGAGGAGUUUUUCAUGUAGGAAGGUGUCGCCCAUGCGUAGCCCAACGUGUCCUCCGGCGAAUAAGCAGGAAACGCAGCAUUAGCGUGCAGCAAUCGUAUGGAAACUUAAAGAUAAAACAAAACUUCCAAUCGACGAUACAGUGCGGGGCGGGACAGCGUACCCUUGCGGUAUGCAAUCCAGGACUUCCCCUCAUCGGUAGGACCGCGACAGGACAGACACGCCAGACACAAGGACACGUAUACGCAAAACGAACACAUAUUUCAGGUACGACUUCUUCGACUGCCCCAUAGAGACACAUUAUUCCUGUAGAGAACGUCUACGAACUAGACAACGAUACGCUCGAGAAGAUUUCUGUGCUCAGCGUCAGCGGGACGAACAUGAACAUGUUGAAUAUAUUUAAAAGUAGUGAACCUUUUUAUCGUAUCCAAAAUAUCGCCAACGCGGUCAGCGCUAUUCCCCCUUUGCACGAUGAUCCGCACUGAUCGGCGCUGAUGUGUACUGAUCGGGAGCCGUCGGUUGUUUGAAGGGCAUUAGAUGUGCAAUCGACGUCGAAAGACGAUUUGCUCCAACGAUUAGCGAUAUCAUCACAAGCAUUCCUAUUCCAACACAGGCCCCUCUCACCUUUCUAAUGUAUAGUAAGCCAGAACAAUGGAGAGUGAACUGCGGGAUGGGAUGUGCAUAACGACAAAAGUGCUCUCUCUUUCUGUAUCUAUCUAUCUACCAAUUUUACUACAUCAAUUUUUCGCCACACCUUGGAAACACACGAGGGCCAACGCAUGAACGACCGACAACGUUGGGCGAAGGCAAUCGUCCGGGCACUAAAACAUAACGAAUGGCUGCAGCUGUACCCGUUAGUGUAUUGACAAGCGAUUAUUUUUAAUAUGUUAGUUCGUUCCGUUUAGGGUGAUCCCGUUUCUUGAACUGUUUUGCAUCACCGACAUCUCAUGCACUGGUGUCGAUGAUGGUGGGAUAGAUCGGUGAGUGAAAGAACGAGUGCAACGUUAAAUAGUGGGAUGCAUUUGUGCGGGAGCUAAUAAUAAAUGAGACGAAAGAGAUGGUUCUAUAUUUAUCUGUAAAUAACAA